UUUUUCCGCCUUAUGCGACGAAGCGUCGUUUGUGACAACCAACCAAAGCCUUUGACGUCCUCAACAUUUUUGCGUUGUGUAAAAAUACGGGUGGAUGCUCCUCAGUAGAAAAGCGGAGUCACGCACAGCAGUUCGAAGAGAGAAUGUGUGCAGAGCAGCCGAUUGAAGGGAAGAUUUGCAUGAAACAUGUGACGUGUGUUGUUCGGACUAUAACCAGACUGUGAAACAAGGAUGAGGAGCCGCAGUAAUUCGGGAGUGAGGCUGGAUGGAUAUGCCAGGCUUGUCCAGGAGACUAUUCUGUCUCAUCAGAACCCAGUGUCAGGGCUCCUGCCUGCCAGCAGCCAGAAAAAGGAUGCAUGGGUGAGGGAUAAUGUGUACAGUAUUUUGGCCGUGUGGGGGCUGGGCAUGGCCUAUCGCAAGAAUGCUGACCGUGACGAGGACAAGGCCAAGGCCUACGAACUGGAGCAGAGUGUGGUCAAACUGAUGCAAGGACUUCUGCGUUGCAUGAUAAGACAGGUUGCUAAGGUGGAGAAGUUCAAACACACACAGAGUACUAAGGAUUGCCUGCAUGCCAAAUAUGACACUCCCACUUGUGCCACCGUUGUGGGAGAUGACCAGUGGGGUCAUCUUCAGGUGGAUGCCACCUCGAUUUACUUGCUGAUGUUGGCACAGAUGACGGCAUCAGGUCUUCGGAUCAUCUCAAACUUGGAUGAGGUGGCUUUCAUCCAAAACUUGGUCUUUUACAUCGAGGCUGCGUACAAGGUUGCGGAUUAUGGGAUGUGGGAGCGAGGUGACAAAACCAACCAGGGCAUCCCCGAGCUCAACGGGAGCUCUGUCGGAAUCGCUAAGGCAGCUCUUGAAGCUAUCGAUGAGCUGGAUCUUUUUGGCGCUCACGGUGGUCCAAAGUCUGUCAUCCAUGUUCUCCCUGAUGAAGUAGAACACUGUCAGUCCAUCCUGUGUUCCAUGCUGCCCAGAGCUUCCACGUCCAAGGAAAUAGAUGCUGGCCUCCUAUCUGUUAUCUCCUUCCCUGCUUUUGCAGUGGAGGAUGCAGAAUUGGUGGCCAUCACCAAGUCAGAGAUUAUUAGUAAAUUGCAGGGACGCUACGGUUGUUGUCGCUUCAUCAGGGAUGGAUAUCACUGUCCUAAAGAGGACCCAACCCGGCUCCAUUAUGAUCCUGCUGAGCUGAAAUUGUUUGAGAAUAUCGAAUGCGAGUGGCCGAUCUUCUGGACCUACCUCAUUCUUGAUGGAAUCUUUACAGGAGACCAAGUGCAGGUGCAGGAGUACCGUGAGGCACUGGAGGGGAUCUUGAUCCGGGGCAAAAAUGGCAUCAAAUUGCUGCCUGAACUUUAUGCAGUACCAAGUGACAAGGUGGAAGAGGAGUACAGCAACCCCCACUCUGUGGACCGAGUAGCCAUGGGCCAGUUGCCUCACAUGUGGGGACAAUCAUUGUACAUCCUGGGCUGCCUUUUGGCUGAGGGCUUUUUGGCGCCAGGAGAGAUCGAUCCACUCAACAGGAGGUUCUCUACAAAUUUAAAGCCAGAUGUUGUGGUACAAGUUUGUGUCUUAGCAGAAUCGAAGGACAUCCAGAAUUUGUUGCGCGAGCAUGAGAUAAAGGUCCAAAUGCUGUCUGAGGUUCUGCCAAUCAGGGUCCUGCCUGCUCGCAUCUUGAGCCACAUUUAUGUCCGACUGGGGAAUUGCAAGAAGCUAGAUUUGAGCGGCAGGCCCUACAGACACAUCGGAGUUUUGGGAACAUCCAAAUUUUAUGAGAUCAGAAACCGCUCUUACAUUUUCACCCCUCAGUUUCUGGAUCAGCACCAUUUCUAUUUGGCCCUGGACAACCAGAUGAUCGUGGAAAUGCUGCGUACGGAAGUGGCCUAUCUCUCCUCUUGCUGGAGGAUGACAGGACGGCCCACCCUGACUUUCCCCAUCACUCGCAGCAUGCUUGUUGAAGAUGGAGAUGCCAUUGAUCCGUGUAUCCUAGCAACGCUGAGCAAGCUGCAGGAUGGCUAUUUUGCUGGAGCAAGGAUCCAGAUGUCAGACCUCCCCAAUCUACAAAACACUUCCUUUCACACUCACCUCAGCUUCUUGGAUGAAGAAAACGACAAUUUACUUGAAGUGGAUGACGAGGGAGAUGAAGACUAUGGGGAAGAAUACAGUCACUGUGAGCUUCCAGAAGGCUCAGACGACAUGUUUGAUCAGUACCUCACGCAGCUCCUCCACAGCACCACCUCCAGAUGUCAUCUUCCUCCCAUCCAGAGUGGGCAGCACCAUGUGUUCAGUGCUGAACACACCACCAGAGAUAUUCUGUCGAUGAUGGCCCAGGUUCAGGGGCUUAACAUGCCCAAGUCUUCCAUGUAUCUACCCGUUGUCCCUCUCAUGAACAAGCAUCGCAAAUCUCUGAACCUGUUGGAAGUUCCUCAACCCGCUUCACAUGCGAAGCAGCACAAGUGUCGCAGUGUAGCUGAUCUCCACCUGCCACGAGACGCCCAAGGCAACACAGAUUUUGCAGCACUGGUGAGGCAGCUGAGGGAGUGCCCCACUCUACAGGACCAAGCAGACAUCCUUUAUAUUCUCUAUAUGAUGAAAGGAGCUGAUUGGCUCCUUGAGGUGUCGGGUCCAGGUCACGGUUGGGUGAGUGUGCGCACCCUGUUGGAGGAGCUAUAUGUGCAAGCUGGAGCCUCCCAGGAAUGGGGUCUCAUCAGAUACAUCUCGGGAAUCCUACGCAAGAGAGUGGAGGUCCUUGCUGAGGCCUGUACAGACCUUAUUUCCCACCACAAGCAGAUUACCGUAGGUCUUCCUCCUGAACCCAGGGAAAGAGUCAUCACAGUUCCCCUCCCCCCCGAGGAGCUGAACGCUCUCAUCUUUGAAGCCAGCGGUCAAGACAUCAGUGUUGCUGUGCUCACUCAGGAAAUCAUGGUCUACUUGGCCAUGUAUGUGCGCUCCCAGCCUGCCAUAUUUGGUGACAUGCUCCGUCUGAGGAUAGGACUCAUCAUGCAAGUGAUGGCAACCGAGUUGGCUCGCAGUCUUCGAUGCUCUGGUGAGGAGGCCUCUGAAAGCCUGAUGAGCCUCAGUCCUUUUGGCAUGAAGAACUUGCUGCACCACAUCCUCAGUGGCAAGGAGUUUGGAGUGGAAAAAAGCAUGCGACCUAUCCAGUCAACAGCCACCAGUCCGGCCAUCUCUAUCCAUGAAUUAGGACACACUGGAGCCACUAAGACAGAGCGCUCAGGGUUACACAAACUCAAAAGUGAAAUCAGACAGAUCGUCAGUGGCAGUCUGUCCACAUGCAGCAAUGUCACCUCUCCUCGCUCCACGCGUUGCAGCAGCCCCUCCACUCCUAGUGGCAUGUUAUCCCCCGUGGGCUCUGCACAAGGUGACGCGCAGCUGCACUGGGAGGAGAGGCAAGGCCAAUGGCUCAGGAGACGCAGGUUGGAUGGAGCCAUCAACAGAGUUCCGGUGGGUUUUUACCAGAAGGUGUGGAAGAUUCUGCAAAAGUGCCACGGCCUGUCCAUCGAUGGAUACGUAUUACCCUCGUCCACCACAAGAGAGAUGACAGCAAGAGAAAUCAAGUUUGCAGUGCAGGUAGAGUCAGUUCUCAACCACGUGCCUCAGCCAGAAUACAGACAGCUGCUGGUGGAGACUUUGACGGUUCUGGGCCUGGUAGCCGACGUGGACGUUGACAGCAUUGGGGGUAUCAUCCAUGUGGAGCGCAUCCUACACAUGGCCAACAACUUGUUCCUUAGCGACCAGAAAUCUCACAGUGCCUGUGAUUAUUUCCUCGAGAAGGACCCUGCAACAGGAAUCUGCAACUUUUUCUAUGACAGCGCUCCUAGUGGCCGCUACGGCACCAUGACGUAUUUGUCCAAAGCGGCAAUCGCGUACCUUCAGGACUUUCUGCCAAAUUCUAGCUGCCUGAUGCAGUGAAAGCUGUUAUUUUAUUUCAUUUUUAUUAAGUAAUUAUUUGAUGUCCUUGACAUCCAUCUUAAGGUCCAUGAUACUGGUCUGCUUUUUAUACUCACUACUACAACAAAUCAUUGCACUGAUAGAAUGACCUACGAGUACAACCUUAAGGUAGAUUUCUCUCAUAUUAAGUAAAUGCUCAAACAUCUUUUCGUUAGGAAAAACUCGAUUAGUCCCAUAAUGGGGAAAUUUACAUUCAUUUUUCCAAAUGUUAUUUGUAAGGACUAUCGUCUUUCCAUACACUGGGUCCUCCUGAAAGACUUGUGAAGAGGGAGGCAUGUGCUUGUAAUAUUUACUCCAAAGAUAUGUUGACAUCAUAGUCUUCACAAUACAUUUGUAAACCUGGACUGUGGACAUAAUUUCAUAUGUGCGUUUAUUCCCAAAUCAAGAUCUACAGUUUCUCACAAAGGCGAGUACCACCCCACGCAUUUCUGAAAUGUAUAUUUACAGUCGGCCCGGUGGAGCAUGCGGUUAACGCAUCUACCUCAUGGUUGACAUGUGGUGCUUGUGUCCGUCUGACAGUUAAAAAAUUCUGGGAUCAUUGUGGAGUUUGCAUGUUCUCGCUGGGUAAUCCAGAGAUCCAAUCGAAAUGUUUCGUAUUAAUGAGAGUAGUAGGAGUUAAUGUGUAAUGAAGGUGUCCAACAGGUGUCCUGAAUUUCCUCCUGGGAUCAAUAAAGUAUCUAUCCAUCUAUCACCA